UGAAUUUAAUUUAUUUAAAAUUUUAAUUAAACCCAAUACUAAUUUACUAAAUAUUUCAAUUCUUGAUAAUAAAAAGUCUUUCUUCGACAGUCCCCAAUUUCCAAAAAGUGCAACAUGGAAACCACUGAAAGCCUACUCAGCCUAAGAGUCAUAUGGAGAGGGAAAAAAUAUGGUGUACAAAUACACCCCGAUGCAUCUGUCAAGAACUUAGGGGAUGAAUUACAAAAGUUGACGGAUGUCUGGCCAGAUACGAUGCGACUAUUUGUGCCAAAAACUUCUACAAAAGGCUCCGAAUUACUUUCUCCUUUCUCUGAUGAGCACUCACAGCUAAGUUUGCGGAAAGCUUCUAUUGUUGAGGGUAAGUCUAUUAGAAUGCUGGGAGUAUCCAAAGAUGAAAUUGAUCAAGUUUUAGAAGAUUCUAAAGUUGACUUGAGAAUUGCUGGAUUUAAUGAAGAGGAAAAGAGAAUGAAACAACGAACAUCAUAUGGACCCAAUGGUUUCGUCAAACAAAAGCCACGAACAUAUACUUUUUGUGAUUUCCGCACACUUCAACUUCCUGGGAUAGAGCUGAAUCCCCCAGCUUCAGAGGCAUUGAAAAGGAUGCAUAUGCUUGCUGAAGAUCCAGGAAUUGUUGCAAUAAUGGACAAGCAUCGUUGGCGUGUUGGAAUUAUGACUGAGAUGGCUCCAGUUGGCUAUGUUGGUGUGAGUCCCAAGUGUAUUCUAGGAUUCAAUAAGAAUCAUGGAGAGGAAAUAUCUUUGCGUCUCCGAACUGAUGACCUCAAGGGCUUUAGGAAAUAUGAAAGCAUCAAAAAGACACUUUUGCAUGAACUUGCUCACAUGGUAUAUUCAGAACAUGAUGCCAACUUUUAUGCUCUCGAUAAGCAGCUGAAUCAAGAAGCUACGAGCUUAGAUUGGACUAAAUCAAGGGGACACACCUUGAAUGGAGUUGGGCACGUUGACGAGUAUGAAGAAGAAACUUAUAUUUCUGAUAAUAGAAGUCGUUCUCAGAAGCUUGGAGGAAGUGCUUCAGAUCAGUUGGGAAGUGCUCGUGCAUCUUCAGUCUCUGCUGCUUACCGUCGUUUAGCUUUUCUUGCUAACAGUUCAGGAGUAUACGAUGAACCUUAUCCGGAUUAUUCUGGUUACAGUAGGCUUGAUAGACCCGACAUCAUGGAUGAUGAGCCUGAUCCUGAUGAAAAUUCCAAGCACGAAACUAAUCCAAAUUAUUUUGGGAGUAAUCAAAAUCAGGCAAUGGAGACUCUGCAUAGCGGGAUACAGAUUAUUAAGAGCAUUGAUGUACCUGAUCCAGAUGACUGGGAAGCAAAAGAGAGGAAUUUGGGAGACAGAAACAACCAUAAGGCUUGUACAGAACCUGAUCCUGAUGAAGCACAAGCCGGAAGAACUGUAGAGACAGAGCCUGAUCCUGAUAAAGAUUUAACCUUGCUGGCAAUAUCCACUGUGAAAAUUGAUGAGAAAAUGAAGGUUGAUGAACCUGAGCCAGAUGGAUCGGAAGAGAAAAAGGAACAUUCAGGAAAUGGUCACAUCCAAAGACCGCAUUGGAAUAAGGCUUAUAACGAACCCGAUCCUGAUGAAUCUCAAGCGAGCAAAGUUGUGCCUGCUGAGAUUGAUCCUGAUAAUGCUUUGGUAGCCUCUCAGGCAUCAACUAUGAUAAUUGACGAGCCAGAUCCUGAUAAUCAGGAGUUGCAGAGAAUUCAAGAUCCUGUUACUGUCGUCUGUGGGCGGUUACAGAAGGCUUUGGAGACACUGAGAGCUGAAGUUAAUCCCACAGAAGCAACUGCUUCGUUGCAAACACUCUUCAAAAUAAUCAGAAAUGUGAUCGAGCACCCAAAUGAAAUGAAAUUCAAGAGACUGCGCAAGGCUAACCCUAUAAUCCAAAAGAAUAUCGCGUAUCACAAAGCUGCAAUGGAAAUACUGCAGCUGGCUGGAUUCAUCGAAGAAGUUAUUAACGAUGGAACCGGGAAUGCAGAAAGUUAUUUGGUGCUGAAGCGGAACGAUCCAGGCCUGUUAUGGCUUGUUAAAUCAUUCCUUGAAGCAAGUGGAGGCUGCUAGUCAUUGGGAGUAUCAAACAUUCUGGAAAUAAGUAAAAAUAAAAUUAUGAAACUGUAAAUGUUUGUAAAUGUUGUAUACCAUAAAUAAGUUGCCUAUUAUUUGUCAAAUAUGAAAAUGAUUGUAGAUUCACUGUAUUUAAACUUUAACUGUAAUUAAGGUAAUUUGAAUGCUGGGGCAGCUUGAUGAAUAGUAAGUCAAAUUCUGACUCUUUAUAGGGUUUUUGUUGAAUAUAUGUAAGAUUGAUGUGAAUACUUGUGCCUAAUAAAGCUUGCAAAUUUCUUUAA